GGCUCCCCCACCGGAAGUAACUGAGGAGACCGGGAGAGCUACUUGCUGCAGCUCCGCGCGUGCUGCUGGGACACUUGCUGCCUGCCACCAUGUUUGUCCUAGUGGAGAUGACUGAUACAGUGCGGAUUCCUCCCUGGCAGUUUGAAAGAAAACUCAAUGACUCCAUCGCAGAGGAGCUGAACAAGAAGUUAGCCAAUAAGGUUGUAUACAACGUUGGCCUCUGCAUCUGUCUGUAUGACAUCACCAAGCUGGAGGAUUCUUACAUAUUCCCUGGAGAUGGUGCAUCACACACCAAAGUGCAUUUUCGGUACGUGGUGUUCCAUCCUUUUCUGGACGAGAUUCUGAUCGGGAAUAUUAAAAGCUGUAGUCAGGAUGGAGUUCAUGUUUCUCUUGGGUUCUUUGAUGAUAUCAUCAUCCCUCCAGAGUCUCUGCAGCAGCCUACUAAAUUUGAUGAAGCAGAACAGGUGUGGGUAUGGGAAUAUGAGACAGAAGAAGGAGCACAUGACCUGUACAUGGACAUUGGGGAGGAGAUCCGCUUCCGGGUAGUGGAUGAGACCUUUGUUGACACAUCCCCUACAGGCCCAAGCUCUGCAGAUACCUCCACUUCAGGUGCCACAGAAGAAGUCCAGAAGAAGGAGGCACCCUACACUCUUGUGGGAUCAAUCAGUGAGCCAGGACUUGGCCUUCUCUCAUGGUGGACAAACAGUUAACAGACAGAACCUGCCCUGCAGGGAUUCCAGAGGAUGGAUGGUUUAGAGCACAGGAGCCAGUUAAUGUUCUCUAUCUAUGUCCUGCUUUAGACCAGGGCUUGCUUCUCUAGAUUUUUUCCUUUGACCAGACUGACACUUUUCAAGAAAUACCUCAAUCAGAACUGCAGAAGUUAAGUUAUAUACUGGAAAUGGCUGACCUGUAAUGAAAGCCCAGCAGCAACUAACUCAGUUGGAGCAUGGACCUCUUAAGAAGAGAAGGCAGAACUAGAUCCGGGUGCCUUUGCUCUCCUGAUGUGAGAGAGGAGCUUGCGUUUAGCAAAGUGGGCAAGGAGAGGCCCAUGCAUGGUUGGAGUGCCUGGAAGAAGUGUCCUAACUCUCUCCUGCUUCUUUGGAAGCUGGACUCUGGGAGGGUUGGAAGUGUUGCAUGCACAACCAUGGUAAAAAAAAUCCAGUGAGGUGUUGCUGUUGGUUUGGUAGCAGGAGAAGAAAUGGCAAAAUGUGGGAAAAGGGAGGAGCUGGUCUUUCAUAGACUUUGUAAUCUCUGCUGUGUGUGGGAGGAAGGCAGUGGUAACUGCAAGAAGGGGAGUCCAGGCCAUGCAUGGGGAAGUCAGCCCUCCAGGGGAUUUGGACUCUGUCACAAGUCAAAGCUGGUAUGGGGGCAGCUGAACAGGAAGCAGCUGAACAGGAAGCAGCUUGGCUGUUAUGUCUAAGCUCUUGAAAGCGAUUGGCUGCUGCUGAGAGCUGAAAUGCUAUAAUGCAGUGGGUGGCCUGUAUUUUUAUUUAUAUUGAGUAGGCUUAACUCUACUGGAGUCUGCCUGAAUUGAUCACUUAAUUGUCAAUCGGAGCAGAUCCAUGUGGCUGUUGAUAAGGUUGUAAUUCCAAUUGCUUCUGUGGGUGGGCUGGUAUUGAUACCAGAAAUGAAUAAACAGUGAUGAUGACUGCACAUAACCCAUCCUGCUUUACUAGAGACUGAACUUCCUUUCCAGCAGGAAGGAAACAGCCAAGUCUCCCACAGUCUAGCUAGUGGUACCUCUGAAAGCAGACAGUCUGUUUGACUGUUCAGACUAGCCCUGUCCUUUCUACAGUGGAGGCCAGUAACAAAUGACUGCCAUCACCCUGUCUGACAGCAGUGAAAGGACAGCUGGAGAACAGAACAGCGGGAGCCUGUGCAGGGCAUGGAGCCAGGACUGUGAUGUGUUACACAUGACUAAGAAGCAGCUUCAUUUAGCAGUGAGGGACUAUAAUUCCCUUGGAUGGUGAUUCUGCAAACCUCAAACCAUGAAAGCCAAGCUUGAGUCACCAGCACCCUCCCUGCAAUGCAAUUACAGACCCUUAAUUCUAAGUUUGACUAUUCCUGCUUCACAGCCUUAAUUAAAGGGGGCUUGAAAACCUCCAGCUUCUUGCAGUCAUUUGAGCCAGUAAAAUCCUCUUUCCAAGCACCAAAUUUCCUGAGUAUUACUAAUCUGAACAGCCAGGAAGCAGGACUGCUAAUAGCAAACAAGGCUGGAUUUGUUUGCAGAGCUAGUUUCUAGUAUCAAAAAGGGAAGCAGUAGAGUUUGGAGCAUGAACUAGUCCCAGGCUUGAAGGAGAAAAUACUGUCACAAAGACUUGGCACUGGAUUCUAAACCCCCAGAAUCUGACCAGAAUUACCACUGGUGUUAAGAGUCCUAUCAGAAGAAAGCCAAGUAGCAAGUUCCUCAUGGUCAUAUCCAUGUAGGGGAGACACUAUAGUACAUCAGUGCCAUUUUACUCUGUUGUUCUCUCCCUGGUGCCACAGAAAGAAUUCACGUUGCUGUUUUCGAGCCUGCACCAAUUUCUAGGAGCAGGAAAGGCUUCUAACUCUAGCAUUUAGUUAUUUGCUAAAAUUGUUCUUAAUAUGCCAGAACUACUAGCAUGACCUCUUUUAAAGUGUAUUACCACUGUUUCUUUUGA